AUGUUUUAAACGUGCUGCUUUUGAACAAACCCCUCGCAUGCUCUCAGCGGUAGAUUUGGAUUGGACAGACUAUACAGUUGAGGAAAAUGGGAGACGACUUGGGUGACGAGUGGUGGACGCACGAGGGUAAUUCAGAUGCAGCAGAGGAGGAGGAGACGCAACAAGAGAAGGAGCCAACAGAAAAACCAAAGGCAAAACCAGAGAAAAGGAAGAGUGUAACAGAGAAAACAGUUAAAGCCAAGAAGAAGAAAAAGAAUGAACAGAAAGAGUGUGUUGUUCCUCAGAUAAAAGAGACCGAGGGUGAAAAGUCAACUGAACAUAAAAAAAAGAGGAAGAAGAAGAAGACAAUUACAGAUGUGUUGUCCUCUUCGGAGCCAAAACCAGGCUGUCCAGCUGACCUGCAGAACCUGGUUACGCAGUACUUCUCAGACAAGCUCUCUGUGAUUGAGCAGGAGGAGCUGAAAUUGCAGGAAUCCGGCUUCUUGUCCAGUAAUGACUUGACGCACACGCUCUCCUCGUAUCUGAAACAGGUUUGUCCCAAGUGGUCAAAGAUUCAAAAGCAGCAUACAGAAAAGAGUUCUGUGGUUCUGCUCAUCGUCUGUAGCUCUGCUCUCCGAGCCAUUGAGCUCAUCAAGCAGCUGACAGCAUUCAAGGGUGAAGCCAAAGCAAUUAAGCUUUUUGCGAAACAUAUCAAGAUAGAGGAGCAGGUGAAGCUGCUGCAGAAGGGUGUUUUCCACAUUGGAGUUGGGACUCCUGGCAGGCUCGGUGCUCUUAUUGAGAAAGAGGGUUUAAACUUGCAGGCGUUGAGAUACGUGGUCCUGGACUGGAACUGGAGGGACCAGAAGCUCCGAAGGAUGGUGGACAUUCCUGAGAUCAAACUGGACUUUAUGAAGCUGCUGGAAAGUGGUAUCCUGAAAGGCUGUAAAGAAGACAAAGUGAAAAUUGGACUAUUUUAACUGCACAUUGUAAUUUUUACUGUGUGCUGAUAAUCCACAUGACGCAAUGUUUUUUAAGCUACAUACUGAUGUUCCUCACAACACGCUGAGGGGCCUCAUCCUGUUUGUAUUCCCUUUGUGUCGGUUUGAAAUCUGUGCUUUUACUGUUCUCAGAGGCCGUGUCAAAUGUGUGGUGGUUGUUUGUUCGCUCUUGUAGUCCAAUGCGAUGUCCCAGUGUGAUGGAUUGAAUAAACGGACUCAGAAUGAAACCAG